CUACCUUAAAAAAUCGAACACACUAAUUGUAAGAUUUUAUGUGACGUUUGGUUAAUCACACAGCAGGAAACAUCUGAGAAGGAAGAUAUCAAGCCACUAAUCAUUGAGCAAUGGAGAAAGAGGUUUUGUUAUUUGUGUAGGAAUCGUUAUGCAGAGUUGCAAUUAUUUUGUACGAGUAAAUGUUUAGAAAUGGGCUUUUUCAACAUGUCUUUUUAUCGGAGGGAACAAAAAAGAAAUAAUAAGUUCAUAUUAUAACAAAAGAUGAACAAUUUUAAAAACGGUAAACAGUACCUCUGUGAGGUGAAGGGAAAGGAGAGUGGCGUAUAAUAUGCCUCAAUCUUAUUUUUAAAUUCUUUGGAACAGGAAUGAAAAAAACAUUCUUAAAUCGAACGGAAACUGUCUUCUUGAAAAAAAAAAUAGCCGCCAUGAUACAAAUAAUAGUAUUGUUUACAUAGACCACUUGUUAUCAGUAACAUUUAUAUCUGCUCCAGUAGAAUUAGAUAAUUUCACUUAACGCUCUUAAGGUGAAGUGUGCAACAACAGUUCUGAACAAUUCAUCCUUGAUGAAAGUGGUGUGAAUACUAAUUUUAACAGAGUGGAGUUUUAAAGAGUGCAAAUUCUUGGACAGCGAAGACAUAAAACUUAGUUACGAAUUUUUGUUUUGUCAUUUGAAUACAAUAAUGACUAAACAGGAGGUUAAAGAAAAACAUGAAAAAUUGGAUAGCAACAAGCCGCCACCCCUGGAUCAUGAAAUUAAGGAAUCCUGUACUGAAAAAUUUACAUCAUGUCGAUGGAUGAUUGGCUACAUGUGCUGUGCAGCACGAUUCAGCCAAUCAGCUAUUCGACAACUCAUCGGUAUGGCCACCGUGUGUAUGACCUUGCAGAGGGCCGUUGAAUAUCAGGUGACCCCGAAAGACAUGGAAGAAUUCCAUCCAAAUGUUAGCCUGAAUGCAUCAAAAUUAGUUGAGAAGGAGGAAGAAGAUUUUACAUGGUCAUCAGAAUUUGAGGGAACUGUUUUAGCAGCGUUUAAUUUUGGUUUUAUUGCCUCUCCUAUAAUCGGGGGAUAUAUUGCCGGAUAUUUUGGCGGGAAAAGGGUCAUCACAUUUUCCUUGAUUGUCGGGUCUUUGGCAACUGUAUUAACUCCGGUAGCAGCACGUGCUGAUAAGGCGUUAUUGGUGUUCAUGAGGGCUGUAGCUGGUUUAGUCAUGGGUGCUGUAGAUCCAGCUAUCCAAUCUCUCUGGUCCAAGUGGGCACCCAUGUAUGAAAAGAGUCAGUUGACAACAUGUUCUUAUUCAGGUUUAAGUAUAGCUGGUAUAACAACAUUUCUUGUAUCAGGUUAUUUAUGUACUAUACAACUAGAUAAUGGUUGGCCUUUUAUAUUCUAUGUAUUUGGUGGAUUCUCUCUGCUUCUUGUGUUUCCAUGGUUAUAUUUAGUUUACGAUUCACCAGAACAACACCCUCGAAUAAAAAUGGAGGAGAUCAAGUAUAUAAAUCAUGGGAAGUCUACGUCCAUAAAAAAGUCCAUUCAUCCACCAUGGCCUAAAAUUUUAACGUCUCUUCCAUUUUGGGCCAUUGUCGUGGCUCAUAUUACCUACACAUGGGUAACGUCAUGGGUGCUUGCCUAUCUACCAAAGUAUUUAAACAACAUUCUUAAAUUUAAUGUUGAAGAGGAUGGAAUCGUCUCAUCCAUACCAUUUGUUGGGCGUCUAGUAUCGGGCGCUGUAUGUGGCUACCUAUCGGAUUGGUUACAAAAGAAACGGUAUUUUACAACUGUAACUGUCCGAAAAAUAUUCCAGUCAAUUGGUUGUGUGGGAUGUGCUGGCUGUAUGAUUGGUAUCAGUUUUCUAGAUCACAACAACCGAAUCCUGGCCGUGUGUUUAUUGAUAUUGGGAUUAACCUUCCAGAAUUUUACCUCCGUCGCUUUCCGUAUAAACCAUCUAGAUAUAGCUCCUAGGUAUGCUGGUGUAUUGAUGGGUGUAACGACAACGGUAGCAAUGUCUGCAGGUCUCUCGGCUCCUUUUAUAACAUCAGCUUUAAUAGAAGAGGACACUGCUGAAGAGUGGAAGGAAGUUUUUUGGAUUGUAGCCGCACUGAACGUUGUUGGGGCAAUAAUCUUCGCAAUAUUUGCCAAAGGGGAAAUCCAGCCGUGGGCCAUAGAGAGCAUUGUUAAGGUCAUCGAUCCACCAAUCGACGAAUCGGUUGUAAAGGGACUAGAUGUUAAAUCGGACUUGCCAACUUAUAUUGACGUGGUUUCGGAUAAUGGUGUCGUGAAUCCGGCAUUUACUAUCAAAGAUGAAAAUUUAAAUCAAGGCCAUAACGUAUCGGACUUUUACGAAGAGAGCAGUACAAAGCUCUAAGAUUCUGUCACAUCAUGUCAAUGGCAUUUAGAUGAUGCACUGGCAUAGGAGGCCUAACCAAGGUCGCAUGGAAAGGGUUAUGGCGGCUAUUUGUCGAUCUCAAUAGAUCAAGAUAUGCUGUGAUAGUUUUUAAGUAUUGGCGGCUUUUAUUUCACCAAGCCAAUAAGCAUAAAUACAAUAGGUCCCGGGUGUCUCAUAAUGUAAUUUAUAAAGGGCAUCUUAUUGUUGGGGGAAAACCUAGAGCUGAUCAAUUAAUAUUCCUAAGAACUUUAUGUUUCUUAUGUAAAUGCGUCUAAAGACAUUACACUUAAAAAAUAAAUUCAUUUGGAAUAUUAAAGGACAAUAUUGGUGUCAGUCAUUAUCACAUAUGUGAUAGAAUUUGUUAAACACGUUCCAAAUAUAAUUUUUAACACAGAGAUCAUUGCUACGAUAGAUGCGUAGUGAAGGUUUCUACAAAAGGAAGUGACGAACGCAAAAGGAAAACUAGAGUCACCCUUCUAUAUAACUGACUGAAGUGACAAGUGGUAACAGAUACACUGGUGACCAAAAGUUAUUAUGUGAGACUGUGAAAAGAUAUCUGACAAUUCGAAAAAGUAAUUGAAUGUCAUUAGAUAAGAGAAAAUGAGAAAAAUUGAUAUAGUCCGUACAUUCACUUGUUUUUAUUCAUUCUAUACUUAAUAAAAACAUGGUAAUGCACGGAAUUUUUCUUUAUUUUUUCGUUUUCUCUUUUCUAGUGACAGUCAAUUUCUGUUUUGAAUCGUCAGAUAUCCCCUCAGUCUCAUAUAACAACUUUUGGUCUUCGAAGGAAUUAUUAGUGAACAGUAAUUCGCCCGUGUAUCUGUUAUCACUUGUCACUUCAGUCAGUUAUAUAGAAGGAUAACUCGUGUUUUCCUUUUGCGUUCGUCAAUUUCGUUUGUUGUAACCUUGAUUUCGCAUCUAUCGUAGCAAUGGCCACUGUGUUAAAAUUAUAUUUGGAACGUGUUAAACCAGUUUUAUAACAUGUGUGAUAAUGACUGACACCAAUAUGGUCCUUUAAAUUCCGUGGUAUAAUGUUAAAAGGGAGACUACUCCAUCAGAAAGUUAAUAUUGUUUGCCAUCACAGCAAUCUGAUUCAAACACAGAUCCUAUUUCGUUUCGUUUUUAUAGUUCAAAAUUUCGUUUUACUUGUCUUUACUACACUAGGAUCUGGAAGAGUUGUUAUAUAACCCGCGUUCUUAUUGAUGUGAGGGAUUAGCCAAUGAAACGGUCUGUUACGGCGAAUUUUUAGCGUGAGUUGCAUGGAACUGUGGAUAACCCACUAGACACGUCACCAAAGCUGAUUGUUUAAUCAAAUGGCUAUCGCCAUAGGAUGAAAAGCCACGUGUAUGACCUCUGACGCGGCCUUCCAGUACAACCGAUCAGAUCUUCAUGUAGUAGAGACCAUCGAAAGUAUAAAAAACGAAACGAAAUAUAGAUCUGUAUUUUAAUCAGAUUGCCAUCACAGAAAUUCCAAAUUCAACCUGCUGGUAGACCUGUUGAUAGUGGCAAUAUUCUUCGGUGACGGAUAAAAAUCUGACAUCAAAUAGACUUAUAAACUUUAAUUCCCACAGACUUACCCAGUGCUUAUGAUGUAAUCGAUAUGAAACCGGUGAAAUUAUAAAUAUUCGUUAUUGUACUUAAUUCUUUUAUGAAAAUAAAAUAACAUAUUUCCAAGA